GUGACCUUUCAACAUGACCUACAUCUUGCAACGGACCAAUCACGACUCCUGUAAAAUAGAUCACGUAUGAUCGUGAUGAGUGUUGUCCAAUCAAGUCGGUCGUUUCUUACAACCCACAAUGGCGCAGAAAAAGUCUAGUCCCCGAAUCAGACUUCACGUGUUGUAUGUUAAAGCAACGGCAUUUCACAAAAUAGUCUGAAGAACAGACUAGCAGCGUGGUAUACACGACAGAUUGCUCCUCACCGGCAUUUGCUUUCCAGAUAUUUUUACUGGCAAAAUCGCACACAAGAAUUGACAAAUGGGGAAUGUCUUAGCCGCCGAAGCAUCGCCGACGAUGCCCAGUCCUCCGAUCCCCGGCAUGCCACCGGCUCCUCCUGCCACAGCGGCCGGACUGGUUCCGGGGAGUCCGCCGGCGACAACGAACGGCGCCGCGGGUGGAAUACAGAAUCCGGGAAGUUUCGAAGAUUUAUUCAAGAAGGUCAAAGAGAUUAUGCCCCAGCCCAUUGAGGGCUGCAAGCUGGUCGUAAACAAGGGACUAAGCAACCACUUCCAGGUCAGCCACACGUUGUCGCUCGGUGCGUUCAGUCCCUCCUCGUAUCACUUCGGAACGACGUACGUCGGCACAAAGCAAAUCAGCCCCACAGAGGCUUUCCCUGUCAUGCUAGGAGACAUCGACACCAGUGGCAGCCUCAACGCGCAAAUCAUCCACCAGCUAGCCAAUCGGUUACGAGGGAAACUGGUUGUACAGACACAGCAAACCAAGUGGGCCGUCUACCAGGGAGAGCUUGAAUACAAAGGGCCUACGUACACCGGUACCCUGACAGCAGCUAACAUCAACCCACUGGAUAACUCGGGCAUCAUUGUGGGUCACUAUCUACAGAGUCUGACCGAGAGACUGGCGCUGGGCGCUGAGGUCUUGUUUCAUUAUGGGCAGGGGCAACGGGCGGCCGUUCUUUCACUAGCGGGCAAAUAUUCAACGGAUAACUGGAUAGCCUCAGGUACUGUGGGCAUGACAGCGUGCCACGCAGCGUACUACCACAAAGGCAAGGAUGUCCAGUACGGGGUAGAAUUCGAGAGCAACUUCCGAGCUCAAGAGAGCGCAGUAGUGUUUGGUUAUCAAGUUGAUAUCAACCAAGCUAACGUCACAGUCAAAGGCAUGCUGGACUCCAAUUGGACAGUCGCUGCCGUCAUGGAGAAGAGACUACAGCCCCUGCCAUUCACGUUCCUCCUCAGUGCCGUCCUCAACCACUGGAAGAGCCAAUACCGCUUUGGCUUCGGCCUCAUGAUAGGUUGAGGUCAAAGGUCGUUGCUAGGUAGCCAUCUUUUUUUUGUAUAGACACAAAGUUUAAUACAGAAAUGGAAAUGGGAAAAACCAAUAGCUGGCUGGCAGACAUAUUGUACAGGAUGUUCCCAAAAGGUUGUAAAAAGAUAAAUGUUUUAUCAUGGUGUGUCUUUA